CGCUGCCGAAGACCUCAACGCUGGUUGUCGUCGUGUUCGUGCGUAAAACUCGUAUACAUUUAUCUCGUAGUUACUAUUAGAACUGCAGAUCGUAUUAUCAUGUCUGUGUUAAAGUUUGUGUAUUGAACUAUAUCAAUAUAAUUUAAUUAUAUUGCCAUCUUUUUCGUUUAUAAAAGUCUCGACGUUGUGUCACGUGCGUGUGAUCGGGUUGCUAAUAAUUCCAAGUCGUUUCCACCGCCAAACGAUAUGGACGGCCCUCGUUGGCCCGUGACGAUGACCUCGACCAARAAGACUAUGUCCCGGUCAUUUCUGAUCGACACCCUCAUAGGCAGCGUCAAACGUCCCUCCACCACUGCCGCCGUGGCUGCUGCCGCCGCUGCAGCCACCGUAUCCGCGGCCUCCGUAUCUUAUCACCCACAACUCAACGAGUACAUUCAGUUCUUGAACAGRACUGCAGCGGCAGCCGCUGUCUACGGAUACCAAUCAUCAACGCCCGUUACGUUUCCAUCGGCUACUAAUCCACGAUAUUUCGGUUAUCCGAUUGGUGGUAGUAGUGGUGUAGGUGGCGGGGUUGCAUUCGGCAAGGACCACCAACAGCCACACCACAAUCACCAACACCAGAAACAGGGUUCAUCGGCCGUCGUAAAACCCGUCCCCGUUGUAGCCACCAASACGAGCCAGAGGAACAAACCACACCAUACUAAAACUACGGCGAAAAAGAGAGCCGUAAAUGAAACGAUGGCUUACGAUCCGGAUUGUGCUGUGGCUGAAGACUCACUACGAGAAAAUGGUGAGAGUGACACAGAUUCCGGUAGUUCGAAAAGGAUCCGAACAGCGUUCACCAGUAACCAGCUGUUGGAGUUGGAACGAGAAUUCUCCAGCAACAUGUAUUUGUCGCGAUUGAGGCGCAUAGAAAUCGCCAACUGUCUUCGGUUGUCUGAGAAGCAAGUGAAAAUUUGGUUUCAGAAUAGACGAGUUAAACACAAGAAAGAAGACGGACCCACGUCGUCGAUCAAGCCAGGCACACCAUGCUGCAACUGUCCCAAAUCAUGUCAUCAGUCGUCCGCGGUGGUCGGAAGCACGUCCGGUUGUCGACAAAAUGAUACCGAUGGCGACGAUGGUGAUGGACGCUGUGGUCGGUUUGACUAGAUGCCAGUGCAGAUGAACAAACUAUAUCAUAAUAKUUCGUCCGUGGCAAAUACAAAUAUUAUAAUAUUAUUUAGAGCAAUGGCUGUGAUGAAGAGUGGCGGUCGAAUGACAUCGAUCAAACACUGUAAUACGAAUUUAUUUUUAAACCAUUCGUAAUGGACGUAAAAUAACUAAGUAACUUAAAAUCCAACGAAUUUAGUUAGUUAGUGAAAUAAUAACAGAAUUUUCCGUGUACUGCGCGUCGUCGUCCUAAACCAGUAA